AUGGUAGGUGCAGAAACCGGAGACCAUUGGAAAACUCGCUUGCAAGAGGGCGGAAGUGCUGUGUUUAUUGACGCCUUAGUAAGGGCGGAAGUAGAGACCUCAACGGAAGUGGCCCUAGUAAGGGCGGGCAGUGUGGCAGGGGUCCGAGGAGGGCUACUGUCCCCGCUGGGCCGUCGCCCCCGUUGGGCUGCCACAAUGGAACUCAGCGCCGAGUACCUCCGGGAGAAGCUGCAGCGGGACCUGGAGGCGGAACACGUGGAGGUGGAGGACACGACUCCCAACCGUUGCGCGUCUAGCUUCCGAGUCCUCGUGGUGUCGGCCAAGUUCGAGGGGAAGCCGCUGCUUCAGAGACACCGGCUUGUGAACACUUGCCUAGCAGAAGAGCUCCUGCACAUCCAUGCCUUUGAGCAGAAAACCCUGACUCCAGAGCAGUGGACCCGUGAACAGCAGAAAUAA